AGAACUCUCAAAAUCAACAAAGCAUUAAAAGCUUCCAAUUAUUGCAUAUAACAAGUUAGAUAUUUUUUUGGAACACUUGUUUGUGUUUACAUAUAACAAAAUCACUCAUAGACAUACACAUAAUUAAGCAGACAAUCUGUGUAAGUGUGUGUAAAUAUGGCAGGUGGGUCAUUUGCACCAGGAGGAGUGGCUAAGGAAAGAGCAGAGCUAUAUCAAGGGAAGGUUACAACUUAUGUCAUCAUUGCUUGCAUUGUUGCUGCUGUUGGAGGUUCUAUUUUCGGUUAUGAUAUUGGAAUUUCAGGCGGGGUGACAUCCAUGGAUGCAUUCCUUAAAAAAUUCUUCCCCUCGGUGUAUAAAAAGGAGAUGCAUUCACAUGAAAGCAACUACUGCAAAUUCAAUGACCAAGGGUUAGCAGCAUUUACGUCAUCCCUAUACCUAGCUGGAUUGGUUGCAACGCUAUUUGCAUCCCCUGUCACACGUAAUUAUGGGCGUAGAAUCAGUAUAAUCUGUGGUGGACUAAGUUUUCUUGUGGGUGCUGCGCUCAAUGCUGCAUCAGUCAAUUUUGCAAUGCUUCUUUCAGGAAGAAUUAUGCUUGGUGUUGGCAUUGGCUUUGGUAAUCAGGCAAUUCCGCUCUACUUAUCAGAAAUGGCACCAACCCAUUUAAGAGGAGGAUUAAACAUGAUGUUCCAAUUAGCAACAACUCUAGGAAUCUUCUCAGCAAACAUGAUAAAUUAUGGUACCAGUAAGCUUGACCACUGGGGUUGGCGGCUCUCUCUAGGGCUAGCCGCUGCACCAGCAGUUCUAAUGACUAUAGGCGGCAUACUUCUUCCAGAAACCCCAAAUAGCUUAAUCGAACAAGGAUCAAAGGAAAAGGGGAGGAAAGUUUUAGAAAGAAUUCGUGGGACACAAAAUGUUGACGCCGAGUUUGAAGACAUGAUUGAUGCAAGUGAGUUGGCUAACUCAAUCAAGCAUCCUUUCAGAAAUAUUUUGGAGAAGAGGAAUAGACCACAAUUAGUGAUGGCAAUUUGCAUGCCGAUGUUCCAGAUUCUUACAGGGAUUAAUUCUAUUUUAUUCUAUGCCCCGGUUUUAUUUCAAAGUAUGGGUUUUAAGGGAAAUGCGUCACUUUACUCAUCUGCCCUGACUGGAGCCGUUCUUGCUCUUUCUACAUUGGUGUCCAUUGCAACGGUUGACAGAUUGGGUCGAAGAGUUCUGUUGAUUGGUGGAGGCAUCCAAAUGAUCAUUUGUCAGGUCAUUGUGGGCAUCAUAUUAGGUGUUAAGUUUGGCAAUGAUCAAGAACUCUCCAAGGUUUAUUCAAUCAUUGUGGUGGUUGUCAUUUGUCUCUUUGUGGCGGCAUUCGGGUGGUCCUGGGGACCACUUGGUUGGACAGUUCCAAGCGAAAUAUUCCCAUUAGAAACAAGGUCAGCAGGUCAAAGCAUUACAGUUGCGGUCAACCUCUUCUUCACAUUUGUAAUAGCACAGUCUUUCCUCUCACUUCUUUGUGGUUUGAAGUUCGGGCUAUUCUUAUUCUUUGCUGGGUGGAUUACUGUAAUGACAAUUUUCGUGUACAUUUUUCUACCGGAAACAAAAGGAGUUCCGAUUGAAGAGAUGAUUUUGAUGUGGCAGAGGCACUGGUUUUGGAAGAAGAUUAUAUCAGAAAAUCCAGAAAAAGACGAGAGUUACGAGAGACAACGUAAUUCCUUAGUAUUGCCACAAGAUAUCUGAUAGUUACAUUUAGAUUAUACUUGUAGAAAUUUAUCAAAUUUGUAUAAUGUGUAGGAAAUCAAUGACUAUUAGCAUAAUAAUUGCCAAUAUCAAACAACACAUGUCUUGAUGUAGGUCACACCCAAACUUUUUGAGGAUCAUCCAUCAUGUUUCACAUGAGGAGCAUUCUUGCUCGAAAGUUUGUAAUAAUUCUCUCGAGGAUUAUUAUAACGUGUACUUAUGAGUAAAUAUUCAACCAUCAAGAACUGCAAAAA